UACCAAACAAAACGCGCGCGGUUAACAACACAGGUUUGCGCGUUGCGGCAACAAAUUACCGUUAGCGUGAAAAACGUGCCCAGCCAAUCAGUUGUUUUGGAUAUUCACAAAAUUUGUGGCGAUGGCAAAUUUAAAUACACUGCUGCUGCCACUCAUUUUACUAAUUGUUGCAUUUGUCGCGCACACAUCCUACGCUACGGUGCAGCCGCGUGCGCCCAACUUCCAGUACUUUGAACGGCCCAAAUAUCGUUAUCCGUACUAUGAUGAGAAUGGCAGGGGAAAAUUGCUGUAUGGCUAUGGCGGACCGGAUUUAUACCAAUACAAAACCUAUACACCUCUGGAGGGCAUACAUUAAGCAGCUUUAAAUAUACAUUAACAACUAUUUGUUUUAAUUCUUAAU